AUGGCUGCACGCGUGACCAACAAGGGCUUCCUGAACGCUGAUCAUUCGCAACGGUAUAUUCUGAAAGCCACAUACCACUUCACUCGUUACUGUGAGCUCGUGAUGGGCGACAUAGCCAUGUCGCGGGAGACGUACCGACGGCGAAGCCGGCAGGCCAAGCUCGGGGUCGGCUUCAACUUUACGGACAGGGGCCCCAGGUUCCACAGCAAACGGCGGCGACAUCGGCACCGGGAGCGCGCGGGCAAGAACCGCCGACGAGUCCGCGCCGCCACUGCGAGGCCCGAGAGGCUCUGAGACCACGCCGUCAUCCCAUAUGAAAUUGAGUCCAACUUCAGCGGGGACCACCGAGCACUUUUCCAGCAGGCGAUGCGCCAAUGGGAGAACCAUACGUGCAUAAAGUUCGUGGAGCGUGGAAUGGAGCACCAGCACUACAUCGUCUUCACCGAGAGGCCCUGCGGAUGCUGCUCGUUCGUCGGAAAGCGGGGCAACGGGGCACAGGCCAUCUCCAUCGGCAAGAACUGCGACAAGUUCGGCAUCGUGGUGCACGGGCUAGGCCACGUGUUCGGCAUUUGGCACGAGCACACGCGGCCUGACUGCGACCAACACGUCGACAUUGUCACCCGCAACAUCAUGAUCGGCCAGGAGUACAACUUCAACAAGCUCACCGAAGAGGAGGCGAGUGAACACUACUGCACCUGUGGGAUGCAGGAGGACGUAUACCAGUUCGGGCUUGAUGGGAUAACACAUCUGCUUUAG